AACAAGCAUUAAGUUAUGACAGAAAGAAUAAUGUGCACCGUAGCAUGUCUUGACGAGAAGGAGAAGUUCUUCAACGGGGUUUUCGGCAGUCAAGGGUUCUCCAAAAUGGCGGGUGGUCAGCAGCUUCCCGAACAAUAUACAGUACCACAAUUAGCAAGGGUCUUCCACAGUCUGCCACAUCUUAACGUCUCUCUUCAUUCAGUCAACAACACAUUCAAUCCACAUUCCGAGAUUUAUCUUGAGAGCCUGGGUAUCCUCGGGAGUAUUCCUGCGGCCUGGUUGAUCCUGACGUUACUGGUACUGUUGGUUUAUCUAGUAACGAGAUGCUGCGACCGGAAGCCGCGGCCCAGGAGGUCGAUAACCCUGCUGAAGUGUUCACUGGCCAUCCUUGCGUUGCUCUGCUGCGGAGCGGUCGCUGUUGGCCUUUACGGCAAUGACGACGUUCACAAUGGUUUGGUACAAUUAGUCGCGGCAGCGAAGAACGUCGACGGGAUCCUCAUGGGCGUGAGAAACCAGACAGACACCAUAGAGGCGACAUUACAAGAGAAAGUACAGCGGCAGUUGACUGCUUUGGGGGACGAAUUUGAUGCACCUGUUAGCAACAAAACAAUGUUGGGUUUACUAUUGGUAGCAUUGAAUAGUAUGAAACAAAACACGAGCAUUGCCGUCAACCGAAGCUUCGAAAUCCGAAAGCCAUUAAGCGGGAUCAGUCUUGCAGGAGCCAUUAGCAUGGGAGAAAAAAUCGAGCAACUGAGGUGGCCCAUUACUAUGGCGGUACUGAGUGCACUUCUUGUUCUUUGCGUUGUAUUAGUAGUCGGAGUUGCUAGACACUCAAGAUGUGUUCUAAUUACAUUUUCUGUAUUCGGACUAUUUGCGGUAAUAGUUUCUUGGUUGAUGGCCUCUCUUUACUUAGCAACGUCGGUUGCCCUCGGUGAUCUCUGCGUGUCACCGGAUGGUUAUUUAACUAGAUCGGUACCCUCCACUUUGGCCUCUGAGGUACUCUCGUAUUACACGCAUUGCGAGAACACUCGCACGAAUCCUUUUACACAGAGACUAAGAGACGGACAACGAGCUGUAGAAAAUAUGAGGCUAAACUUGAAUACUGUUACACGUUUAGCGGUAGAACUCUUCAAGGAACAGCAUGAUCAACUAAAGCCCAAGUUGAGUAGCCUCUCAACUGACGUUAACGCGGUCAAUAGACUCGUAUCUGGUCUAGCAACGUUACUAGACUGUAAGCCACUUCACAAGCAAUAUGUUCAUGCUGCUAAAAGUUUAUGUCACUUGGGAUUAUACGGCCUUACCUUCAUGCUACUUGCGAGUCUAGCCGGUGGACUAUUUUUUACUGUUUUGGUAUGGGUUGAUUCUCACACGUGGAUAUAUAUACGCAAACGAAGAGAUUACCAUCAAGUGGAUGAACAAGAUCCAUAUUUGCCACCAUCGGCAGCAUCUCAAGCGAUAGCAGCUAGGACCCUUCGUGGCCAAGGGUCGUACCCGCCUACAGCCCCUUCUCUUAAUCCAAAUGCUCAUGGCACCCAUAAUACCAUUAAGCAGCCUCUCUUGCUAACGCCGCCCCCGCCGUCCUACGCUACUGCGACUGCUCGAGCACGUCAGCUGCACGAGAGCAUGUUAAAAGGUGGGGGUGUUAACGGGAGCGGAGGAGGCGGGGAUCACAAAUCGUCUCAGCAUAAUCAGCAGUCAACAGGUGGACGAACUGAGCACCGUUCUGGACUCGGAGAUCAACCUGGCCAGUACGCGACUUUGAGCAAGCAAUGCAAAACUUUAGAAUCUAGUAGAGAACCACCUUGGACACCAAGCGUGGCAUCCUUUACCGGUACUCUGUCUCACAAUUCACAUGGGCCUGCACAUUUGGCGACUUUUCAAGAUUCGAGAAAAACACAAACGUUGGAUCCGAAAAAUUUAGCCAAUUUAAAACGUGGUCCAACGCCAGCGUGGAACCAAAAUCGUCCUUUACCACCAAAUCCAGCGAAUCAGCCAAGUUGGGAAUUCGAGUCGCGAUCGCAAGCUAAUAUGAAUCAAUUCCGAUCAUUGGUGAGAAACAAAGCACCUAACAUUCGCAUACAAGAUCAAAUGCAAGAUCAAGUGAGAACAUUGGAUAGAAAUUUUACUCGUAGCCAGUUUAAUGGUACAGCGCAAAAUAAUGCUGUACCUAACAUGUACGGUACAUAUAACAGAGCACAUGGAAGACAAGAAAAACCAACUGUAGCUACAUUGAGUCAAGUACAGGGUAGUGAUCCUAAUCUAUAUGCUGUUACGGAACUUUAAGCGACCUAUUGAUAACAUCAAAUGAGAAAAAAAAAAUUGCAGUCAAAAUAAAAAUAACCAUUAUGAGAGAAGACGAAUAAAUACGGUCUAACAAAGCUAGGAAUUUUUUGGGAAAUGAUUCGAAUAAACACUCGAUUUUUUGAGGUUCCCGGCAUGGAUGCUUGAACGGAUGAGAUCUAUCGUUGAUCUAUGUAUAAAAAAAAAGGAAUGAAAAAAUGUAAGAAGAGGAGGAAGGGUCAAACAUGUCUCAGAUAUUAGAAAUUUCAUCGGAGGCGUGCUAUAUUAUAUAUGUACAUACAUAUAUAUAUAUAUAUAUAUAUAUAUAUAUAUAUAUAUAUAUAUGUAUGUAUAAAAUUUUGUAUUUGUAUAUCAUGUACAGAAAAAAUUGGUCGAUCCUUCUACGUUAGUCCCUUUCGAACAUUCAGCCAUUACUGUCUUUCUCUCUCAUUCGAGAUACGUGAUCUGAAAAAUCUUCGGAAAAAUCGCUAAUCCACGAAGAAAAUGAUAAUAUCCAAUAAUAUAUCUAUAUAUUUGGUGAUUAUUAUUUUCAAUUCGUGACUUACAGAAAAGAAAGAAAAAAAAAAUGUAUAUUCGAAUCGCAUAUAUAAAUAAGAACGUAUACUUUCAUACGUUCUAAAACUCUUUUAUCGAUAAUAUCGAUUGAUAUACAUAUAUAUAUAAAAAUCGUGAUGUUAAACAUCGACGAUAUCUAACGUGAAGGAGAUACCAAGAGGACAAUUUUUUAUAUCUUUUUUAUAUUUUUAUUCAUGCGGCGUAUAAUGUGAAAUGUGUUGAUUUUUUGUGAGUCAUUCUAUAAACUUCUUGUAACGAAUACGUAAUACGUAUAUAUAUAUAUAUAUGUAUGUAUGUACGUACAGUAAAUAUCAAGUUACCGUACGAUAAAAAAAAAAACAAAAAAACAAAAAGAAAAACGGAUGAGUGAUACAUACGUAUAUUUAUCAUCGUUAAUAAUUUAAGUAUGGAACAAAAUGCAGCACAGAAUGACGAAUCUGAAGAUUUUUACGAGCAACGCACUCCCAAAUGAGAAUUUUUAUUAAAUAAAUAAUUCGCGAUAUACUGCCAAUACUCAGGCGAAUAUAUAUAUAUAUAUAUAUAUAUAUAUAUAUAUAUAUGUAUAUAUAUAUAUAUAAAUAUAUAUAUACUUUUUAAGUACAAAUGUAACGGAAGCACACACAACAUACACAAACGUGCCCAUCAACGACACGUUCUUUUUUCAGUUUUGAUACGACUAGUGCAAAGUUAAAAAUAAAUAAAUAAUAAUAAUAAUAAUCGUCUGAUGUAUCAGCAAGUCUAAACAUAACAAGAAAAAAAAAAAUAAAAAAAAAAGGGAAUUUUGAAUAUUAUAUAGCCUUUUGAGAUUUAUUUACUAUGAGGUAAAUAAAUAUACAUGGCCUUUUGUGUGGAAGUAUCGGAAGGGCAGAUCUUUCUUACGUAUUUUUGUUUUUAAAUCGUAAAAUAAUAAUAGUAAUAAUAAUUAAUAAUGAUUAUCAAUAAUAAUAAUUAUAAUAAUAUUAAAGAAAGAAAUAAAACAAAUAAUACACACGCGCGCGCACGCACACAUACACAAAUAUAUAUACAAUGACAUGAACAUAUACAGACAGAAAAAUACUUAAGCUAUUGAAUUUUCUGCGGAGCGCAGAGUCUUCCUAUAAGAUGUUUAACAAGUCUAGACAAGACCUAAAUAAAUAAAAGAUUAAACAAUUUAAAUAAUAAGUUAUCAACGAAUCUGUGUAGAUUGACUUUAUAUUCCGCAAAUAAUUCAGUAAACUUGUAAAUAAUAUAUUAGUUCGUUAAGAUAAUCGAGUAAAUGUGUAAAGUGUGAUAAUUUGAAUCUAGAUGUUACGAGUUUUAAAACAAAAACAUAACAGCUACACAUUAUUCUGUACUUUCUUAUUUCACCGAUUUUCCAAAAUAAAAUAGAGGAAGAGAGAGUGCCAUUUCAGAAAGAAAGAAAGAAACAUUCUAUCAUAAUUGUAAUUUCCAGAGUGACUUUAGAAUCUUAUCUUCGAUAUAAUUCGUAAAAACAUUACCAUUGCAAUAUUAAAUAUACAGAGUAGGUGUAAGAAAGGUGAAUGCAAAUAGCGAAAGUUUCAUCGGUUGUAAAUAAUUGUAAUAUUUAUUGAAGAGAGAAGAGAAAAUAGUAGCGCAUAGGAUAGUAACAUUUAGUUUAGUUGAACAUUAAUUAUAAGUAAUCGGCGAUUAAUAACAUUUGAAAAGCACGUGCACACACAUACACACACACACACACACACACACACACACACAGCACGUACGCAAAUCCAAAAAACGAACUAUGCGUGCUGUUUAUUUUGCUGAUAAAAGGCAAAGUAUCCUAGUCACUAAAUAAAACUUGUGUACGUUCGUUUAAACGAUGAAAAGGAAAAAGGAGAUGAAAGAUUUAAAGAAAAAAAGAAAAAAUGUGAAAAGAAAAGAUCUUGCCAAAUUAAAAAAAAAAGCUCAAUUUUUCAAACAUAAAGAGAAAACAGAGAAAAAGGUACUAAACUGUUUUAUCAGAUAAUUGUACUAUUACUACUAUUACUAUACCUAAUAUCAUUGAAGCUACAUUAGAUACAAGUGUCAGACACACGCCCAUACCUUUCUUAGAUCUUUAAGGGAGAAUAUUAUUCGUGAAUAAAUAAAACGUAAAGUGUAACACGACUUCAUUCUAAUUCAGUGUUCUGAGAUAUCGCUGUAGUUUAAUAAUAAUAAUAAUAUUUGCCAACGAGUAAUCAUAAGAUUAGUUAUUUUGCAAAAAUUAUAUAUUUCUUUCAAGUUAUUUUUCAAUUAAUGUAUAUCAAUUCACAUUUUUUUUAUAUAUGCAUAUAUAUAUGUGUGUGUAUAUGUGUAUAUAUAUAUAUAUAUGUAUGUAUGUAUGUAUGUAUGUAUGUAUGUAUUGAUAAACAACUUCAUUAGACGUAAGCUUUAUUUUUUAAUUACGUGAAUUCAUAUUUAAUUAAAUUUUUAUUCAUAUAUAAUUAACUUAAUCGUGGAAAUUAUUCACUUUCAAAUUUGUAGGGCUUCAAAUAAAGUUUAUAAAUUUAAUAUAAAUUUUUUAAGCAAGUUCAAAAUUUAUUUAAAUAUUCAAUCCUUAAAAUAAACUCACGCGCGUGACGGCUUUGAAUGAAGACAAAAAUGAGAUCUAUUAAUGAUAAAAGAUAUAAGUAAAUGAUUUGAAACUCGGACGGUAUCGAAGAACACUGAGUAUAAUAAUUUUAAGAAUAGCGACGAAAAACUUAGAGAAUGAAAAUCGUCUCUGUCGUUGAAGACUGCUGCAACACGCGCAAACGGGAUCAAAUACACAGAAUUGUCCAAGUUAACAAAAAUAAAAAAAAAAUAUAAAAAAAAUAAAAAAAACUAAAAAAAAAAUUGUAAUACAAUACUUAAAAGGAAACUUCGAAAAAGUCGAAUGUUUAACACAGUCCAAAAGCGUGAAUAAUAACUCAUUCAAAAAUAUUUUUCUGAAUUGUUCAGAAGAGAAUGCAAAAGCUACAACUAAAAAAUAAAAGAAAAAGUUAACUCGAUAAAAGGGAAAUCAUUGAUUGGUCCGGUCAAAAAAAAAAGAUUGUGCACACAAGUUCGUUGUCUGUACGAAUACAGUGGCAUCGACUAUUUACAAGUUGAUGAAACCAGAGCUAGGAAAAGGAAAUAUUGUUAAAUUCUAAAUAUGCGAGAGUCGUACGUACGUAGUCUAGACGAUUGUUGAUGAAACUUUUAUUCUAAUCGUUUGUCAAUUUGUACCAUUAAAAAAAAAAAUACCACAUUCUGAGAGAGAAAAAGAGAGAAGAUUUAAGAAUCAAUUUUUCUAAUAAGUACAAUUGCAUUUAAUUCCUGCUAAAUCGUUUUUAUACAAGUAUGUAUGAAGCGUUGGGUAGAACACAAAAAGAAAAAUAGAAAAAUUAGUAGAAGUUGAAGAAGUUGUAUGAAGGGGAUACGAAGGGCGAGAAAGAGAAAGAGAGAAAGAGAAUUAAUUAUUUUCGAAAGAAUUGAUAGUGGAAGUAGUAUAAUUAUAAGACACAAAGAAAUAUUCAUUUUGAAUUGAUGCAUUUUCUGAUAUGAGCCUAAAAAAAAACUUAUCACAAUAAUUAUUAGCAAUCAAAAAAAAAAAAAAAAAAAAAAAAAAA